AUGAGGCUCUUCCUGACCACCAUGGAGUGCCUCAACUCCACAGCAAGCGGCGAUGCGACUCUUACAAACAACGUGGCCCUCUUCGACCCUGGUGUGUGGAGCCGCGCAGGAGCAUCGGCGAUGGCUCUCCGGAACGUUUCGGCGUCCUGCGUUGCUCAGCAGGUGUACCAACGUGCAGUGCUGCCGCAGCUUGCGCAGGCUACGCAGGCGCACACGGUGUGCUUUCGAUGUGGCCCCCGCCCACCACCGCACCUGGACGGCUUUCUUUUCCACAAGAGCCAUGCGCCACCAGCGGCAGCGGUGCUGCCCGUGCGCACGCCGUCGCCCCUUAUCUCCCUCUCGUCGUCGGCCUCCUCCGUUCACAUGUCGGUUGCCGCGCCUCCUACAGCCCAGAAGCAAACCACUGACUCCUGCGCCAGCGACCGGGCCACUGCGUACGACAGCCUCCUCGCGCUCUGGCUGAGGGAACUUCUUUCCGGCACCGACAGGUUAGUUACCGCGACAGCGUUGCUUCUGUUUGUGGAGGGCACCGCGAUUGAUAUGGCAGGUGGCAACAAAGUGCACACACCACUCAAAAUGGACAGCGGCACCGCACGACAGCUGCGCACCUGCGAGGACGCCACAGAGUUCCUGCACAUGUGCGAGUCAACGCUUCGCCGCAGCACUACCGAAUUUCCGAGGUGCCCGUACCACAUUUGCAUCGCCGUACUUGUCGGCGCUCACGGCGACCCGAGUGAAGGAAGCACCGUCAUAUUCCUCGACGUCGCCUCUGCUUCGCCAGAGAGCGUUGGCGCCUACCAGCAGGUGCGCUUGCGAGAGCAGAUAACCCUCUUUGGUCGGCAACUAGGCGUCGAGGCGACAACGGCCAGACCUCUCACUAGUCCGCUGACGCGCAGCGCGGCGGACCAACGGUGGCUCGGUCUCCUACAGUCUUGCCAGCUCUCUCGCGCCAGUCUGGUGGGGCUCGUCUACGUCGUGUACGACGCGAGUCACGAUUUGUUUGACCGCUCUGGUGUGGAGGAGGAUGGCUGCGACUCCUUCACUCUUGCCAGCGUCCUUCACCAAAACGCGCUUUCGGAAGCGGUGCGCAACGACGUGUUGCAUCCACCGUUGUCCCCCACACAGGAGCGCGCUACGGCGCCACCAGUCAGACACACCACGACACCUUUCCGCGUGCCGGACGCCUCACCCAAAGCGCAGUCCCGUAAAGGGCGGCAGCAGCAGCAUGGCAAGAGACUCCCUCCUCUGAAAUGCGGCGCGGCGCCACGUGCUCCGAUGCGUCAGGCAGACGAGCCCCACGUUGUCCUUGGGGUCGUUUCUCACCGCGGCCGCUUUGCAGAUCGGUUGUGGCGCAUCAAGAAGGAGGAGCGUCACGCACGACUCGCGCUGUCGAGUGCGGAGCAGCGGGCCAGGGAACUGGCGGAGAUGCGCUGGGUCCUGAGUGCCCACCCGCCGGGAAAGUCCAUCAACGCCAUGCCGAUGCGGCUUGCGCACAACGUGGUUCUUGUGAGUCGACCUGAGCCGCAGCAGCCAUACUCAACCCCGCCUUUCCGGCUGCCCACCACGGCUAUGCGGCGGUCGCCCUCUACUAUAAUGCACACACCCGAGUCCACCUCGCUUGACUGCACGGUGAGGAGGACGGGGCCAAUCUUGACGCGGCAGGCGUCCCCGUCUCGCACAGCCUCGGCAAAGCCUCUCACGACGUGGCGCAUCGUGCCACUGUCACGCUGCGGCACAACCGGCACCGUACCGCAGCACCGAGGCAAUCGACAAGCGCACUCCGCCUCGUUGCGUGCAGUCGUACACCGCCACAGCAUUUCUGACCUCGAGCGGCGUUGCCUAAGCGCCAGUACCCCCAUUUCUCCUUCCCCGGACUUCCCACACGUACGCACGUGUGCCUCGGCUCGCCAGCUCUCUGCAGUCGAGGUGGCUCUUCUUGCUCGCGCGCGGCUUGCUAGCCAACGCGGUGCUCCUUCCAACUCGCUGCCCAGGGGUGAGACAGAGCGACUCUAUCCACUUGUACAUGCGUUUCACAUGGAGAUGAACGAACAGGACGCGCUGAUGGCGGAGGAGCUCAUGAUGCGCAGUCGCCUCGAGCACAAGGAGAAGAACUGUCGCAAGGCGCUGAGUGGGGCGCACGUCAAGUCGGUGCAUAGGGGAUUCGCGCCAUGGCUGUCCGAGACAGGGGCGCAUCCGCCACAGGGGUCCCUCAGCACCCGGGCGCGCUCAGCGCUGCCAUGCCCUUCGCGCAUCUUCUUCCAGUAG